CGUUGCGGAAGAUAUAGGGGUUUGCCAUUAAUAUAAAAUUUUAAUGACCACAUCAUGGUGUACUCAUACUAAAAAUAUUGUAACUACAUAUAAAUAAUACAGUAACGCAGACCAGCUGUUUGAAUUUUCGACAAUUCAGCAAUUAUGGAACACCCUAAAUAUUUGUAGAUUAAUAUAUAUCAUCAGCAAGGAUUAGGCUAUCGAUUGGGAUUGGGAUUUGUUUCCGAUAGCAUUGAAUUGAGAUCCAUUGGUGGUUCAAUCGAACAAGUUCACGCGGAUUUCGCUUCUUUAAUUUUCCUCUCUAAUGUAAUGUUGUGAACUUGGUUCAAGUUGACCAAGUCGAAAUUAUGUAGCAAAGAGCGAUUUUAUAGUCUGGGGAAGUGAAGAUGAUGCUAUGGCCGAACAAAGGACGGAAAUGGACGCGCUCACCAUGGAGCCGAUCUCCAAAUUAAGCAUGAUGCUAACAGGGGUUUCCAUUCCAUGGAGAUUUGUUUCCAUUUUUAUCAACUGGAGCCUGGCCUUGGAGUAUUGGAUGGAAGAAUCCUACGGAUACUGUGCAUGGACAGUGGGCUCGAUCAUUGUGCCCAUGGUAGUCACAUCGGUUAUAUACAUUCACAUUUUAAGGGCCGCCCAUUUGGGCCAAGAACGCAUCGUGGACAGAGGCGUGUACUCAAACGCCGUGAUCUCGUAUCUUUUCCGCGAUGGCUACGCCCUCAAUUAUGCACUGAAAUAUAGCGAGGCUAAAAAGCGGGAUGACCAAGAGGAGGAGAUAAGAUACUAUCAAAAACUUUUGACGGAAGAGUGCAAUGUUGGCUUCGUGCGGCUUUUUGAUUCAUUCCUGGAAUCCGCACCGCAGAAAGUAUUACAACUCGUCAUAGUGCUGCGAUCGAUAAAGGACUUUACUUACUAUCGCGUUAUUGCCUUCGUCGUCUACUUUGGAAACAUAGCGUGGUGUAUCCAGGCGCACAAUCACUCCAACCGCUUGGUACAGCUGGACAAACAUGAUAUUCCGGCAAAGGGUAGAUUUUUGCAAUUUAUGUUCCUGCUUUGUCUUACCGUUUCGAGAACGCUUUGCAUCGCAUACAUGGCCAGUCUUUUUCCCGUGGAAACACUGAUCAUCUGUGCAACGCACGCUUGCUUGUGUGGUUCUGUUUUGUUUCUGGUAGACUCUCCAAUGAUCGCCGAAUCUCGGCUUAUGAACUACCUGUACUGCCUUUGCUUUGGCGUAGUGUACCUAUUUAUUUUUACCCCCGUUAAGGAUUCACCAACCAAGUAUAAAUAUGCAUUUUACCUUACGUUUUGUUUAUUGCAAAACACAUUCGCCUGCGCCCUGUAUAUUCCCUUAUAUCUUUCGAUUGCCAUAAUUGUCUUGUAUGUUGUCGGCAUCAUGCUCAUACUUUUUUACUACUCUAACUGCCAUCCUAAUACUAUACCAACAUAUUUUUAAUAUAGUAAAACUCUAUAAAGCUUAGUACUUGGAUCGACGAAAUGCGUCCGUCAGUCAUGAGAGAGAGCGAGAGGCAAAUAACCGGAAAAAAUAACAGCAAAAUCGAAUACAUUAAUAGCGACAAAAUAUUCCCCAUCCAUGCGAUCCAAAAUAUAGCUGAAAACUAUUAUAAAGAAUGUAAUUCAUAAUUUUAUAUUGUUAAACCUUACAAAUACAUUUACAGUAUUGA